AUGGCCAGCAAACAAAUAUUAUCAUCAAUUAGAAAAAAUCAAAACUUAUGUGAAAUAUCUAAUGAAUAUCCUUCAUUGAUACGAUGUGUUACUCCUCGUCAUCUAUGUACAUGUGUCAAACAGAAAAUUUCUGGUAAAACUCAUAUAGAUGAAUUAUCGAACAAAGAAAUAGAUCAACAUAGUAAACAAAAUGAAAAAGAUUCAAAAGAAAAUUCAAAAAAUGCCAAAGAACAAAUAGAAUCAAUUGAAUUAUUUCAACAAGAAGAAAUAAAUGAUAAACUAUAUAAAAAACGUCGAUAUCAAUUAAGAAGAACAAAGGAUUAUGAUGAUGACAAAGAAAAAGACAAUACAAAUGAAUAA